CUCCCUGCUAAGCGCGGCGCACUCGGAGCAUGGAGCCUGCCUGAGGCGGUCCGCGGGCAGCUGCAGCACAACAUGGAGGCGGCGGUGCCGCCGCUGCGGCUGCUGCUCCUGUGCCUGCUGACUGCCUCGGUGCUUCGGUGCAACUUCGACUCUGUCGGGGCUUCUCCUUUGUUGCUUUUUGCUAACCGACGGGAUGUCAGACUGGUGGAUGCUGGAGGAGUAGAGUCUACUAUUGUUGUCAGUGGUUUAGAGGAUGCUGCUGCAGUUGACUUCCUGUAUACACAAGGUGUCAUUUACUGGACAGAUGUGAGCGAAGAAGCCAUCAAACAAACAUAUUUUAACCGAAGUGGAAAUGUGGUACAGAAUGUCAUUGUUUCAGGUCUGGUUUCCCCAGAUGGACUAGCAUGUGACUGGAUUGGAAAAAAAUUGUAUUGGACAGAUUCUGAAACUAAUAGGAUAGAAGUUGCUAAUCUCAAUGGAACAUCUAGAAAGGUUCUCUUUUGGCAAGACCUUGACCAGCCAAGAGCAAUAGCCCUGGAUCCAGCUCAUGGAUACAUGUAUUGGACAGACUGGGGGGAGACGCCUAGAAUAGAACGUGCUGGAAUGGACAGCAGUGUUCGGAAAAUAAUAGUGGAUUCUGACAUUUACUGGCCUAAUGGACUCACCAUAGAUCUUGAGGAACAGAAGCUUUACUGGGCUGAUGCAAAACUGAGUUUCAUUCACAGAGCAAAUUUGGAUGGCUCCUUCCGGCAAAAGGUUGUAGAAGGUAGUUUGACUCACCCGUUUGCACUGACACUGGCUGGGGAUACCCUCUAUUGGACAGACUGGCAGACUCGCUCUAUUCAUGCCUGCAACAAAAGGACUGGGGAAAAAAGGAGAGAAAUACUGAGCGCGCUGUACUCUCCAAUGGACAUCCAGGUUUUGAGUCCUGAGAGGCAACCAUAUUUUCAUACACCCUGUGAAGAUAACAAUGGUGGCUGUUCGCAUUUGUGCCUGUUGUCCCCACGAGAACCCUUUUACAGCUGUAAUUGUCCCACUGGAGUCCAGCUUGAAGAAGAUGGCAGGACCUGCAAAGAAGGUGCUGAGGAAGUGCUUUUGCUUGCUAGGAGAACAGAUUUACGAAGGAUUUCAUUGGACAUGCCAGACUUUACUGAUAUUAUUCUGCAAAUAGACAAUAUUAGGCAUGCUAUUGCAAUAGACUAUGAUCCUGUUGAAGGUUAUAUAUACUGGACUGAUGAUGAUGUCAGAGCUAUUCGUCGGGCUUUCCUUGAUGGAUCUGGAGCCCAGACCCUCGUGACAACUGAAGUAAAUCACCCUGAUGGAAUAGCUGUGGAUUGGGUAUCUAGAAACUUGUACUGGACUGACACUGGAACAGAUCGCAUUGAGGUUACACGGUUGAAUGGGACAUCGAGAAAGAUCUUAAUAUCAGAAAACCUAGAUGAACCCAGAGCAAUAGUACUUAAUCCAGUGAUGGGCUAUAUGUACUGGACGGACUGGGGUGAAAAUCCGAAGAUUGAAUGUGCUUAUCUGGAUGGCUCUGAGAGGAAGGUCUUGGUGAACACCUCUCUGGGGUGGCCUAAUGGUUUGGCACUGGAUCUUGAAGAAAAUAAACUGUAUUGGGGAGAUGCAAAAACUGACAAAAUUGAGGUGAUAAAUAUGGAUGGUACCAUGAGAAAAACUCUCAUAGAAGAUAAGCUUCCCCAUAUAUUUGGGUUUACUUUACUUGGAGACUACAUCUAUUGGACAGACUGGCAGAGGCGAAGCAUUGAAAGAGUUCAUAAAAUCCGAGCAAGUAGGGACAUUAUCAUUGAUCAGUUGCCAGACUUGAUGGGCCUCAAAGCAGCAAGUGUCACCAAAGCAGUUGGAACAAAUCCAUGUGCUGAGAACAAUGGAGAUUGCAGCCACCUGUGUUUCUUCACACCUCAGGAGUGUCGUUGUGCCUGUCCCAUUGGAUUGGAACUACUUAGUGAUAUGAAGACUUGCAUCAUUCCAGAAGCCUUUCUUGUCUUCACCAGCAGAGCAGCCAUUCAUAGGAUUUCUCUUGAAACAAACAAUAACGAUGUAGCUAUUCCUCUUACUGGUGUCAAAGAAGCUUCAGCCCUUGAUUUUGAUGUGUCUGACAACAGAAUAUAUUGGACAGAUAUUAGUUUAAAGACAAUAAGCCGGGCUUUCAUGAAUGGAAGUGCUGUUGAGCAUGUGAUUGAGUUUGGAUUGGAUUACCCUGAAGGAAUGGCAGUAGACUGGAUGGGGAAGAAUCUUUAUUGGGCAGAUACUGGAACUAAUAGAAUUGAAGUGGCACGCCUGGAUGGUCUGUACCGGCAAGUUCUUGUGUGGAAGGAUUUAGAUAACCCUAGAUCUUUGGCACUUGAUCCAUCUAAAGGGUACAUGUACUGGACAGAAUGGGGAGGCAAACCAAAGAUUGUUCGGGCUUACAUGGAUGGGACAAACAGUAUCACUCUAGUGGAUAAAGUGGGGCGUGCCAAUGAUCUCACUAUUGACUAUGAAGAUCAACGACUCUAUUGGACUGACCUGGAUACAAGCAUGAUUGAAUCAUCAAAUAUGCUAGGACAAGAACGGGAAAUAAUAGCAGAUGAUCUACCUCAUCCAUUUGGGCUUACUCAGUACAGUGACUUCAUCUACUGGACAGAUUGGAACCUUCAUAGUAUAGAAAGAGCAGACAAGACAAAUGGAAGGAAUCGUACACUAAUUCAGGGGCGCUUGGAUUUUGUGAUGGACAUACUGGUUUUUCAUUCUUCACGACAGGAUGGCUUGAAUGACUGCAUGCAAAACAAUGGGCACUGUGGACAGUUGUGCCUUGCGGUACCCAAUGGAUAUAGAUGUGGAUGUUCAUCUCACUAUACCUUGGAACCCAACAGCCGUAACUGCAGUUCACCCAGAAGUUUCUUGCUUUUUAGUCAGAAGUCUGCCAUUAGUCGAAUGAUACCAGAUGACCAGCAGAGUCCAGAUAUCAUCCUUCCUAUUCAUGGUUUAAGAAAUGUCAAGGCUAUUGAUUAUGAUCCCUUGGAUAAAUUGAUUUAUUGGGUAGAUGGUCGUCAGAAUAUUAUUAAAAGAGCCAAAGAUGAUGGCACUCAGCCUUUCACAAUCAUGAGUACUCCCAACCAAAGCCAAAAUCCAGAGAAGCAACCACAUGACCUGAGUAUUGAUAUUUAUAGCCAUACUUUGUACUGGACCUGUGAAGCCACAAAUACAAUCAAUGUCCACAGACUUAAUGGAGAACAGAUUGGGGUGGUACUUCGGGGAGACCAUGAUAAACCAAGAGCCAUCAUUGUAAAUGCUGAGCGAGGAUAUAUGUAUUUCACCAAUAUGCAAGAACGUGCCCCAAAGAUUGAGCGUGCAGCCCUGGAUGGCACAGAACGAGAGGUGCUCUUCACUACUGGAUUGCUCCGACCGGUUGCUCUAGUGAUUGACAACAAGCUUGGAAAACUCUUUUGGGUGGAUGCAGAUCUCAAACGAAUUGAAAGCUGUGAUUUAUCAGGAGCUAACCGCGUGACACUACAGGACUCCAACAUUCUUCAGCCAAUGGGGUUGACAGUGUUGGGAAAUCAUCUAUACUGGAUUGACCGUCAGCAGCAAAUGAUAGAAAGAGUUGAAAAAACCAAUGGAUACAGGAGGACCCGAAUACAAGGUCGAAUUGCACACCUGACAGGCAUCCAUGCAGUGGAAGACAUUGAUAUGGAGGAAUUCUCUGCACACCCAUGUUCUCGAGAUAAUGGUGGAUGUUCACACAUCUGUAUAGCAAAGGGAGAUGGAACUCCGAGGUGCUCUUGCCCAGUUCACUUAGUACUUCUGCAGAACCUCUUAACAUGUGGAGAACCUCCAACAUGUUCUCCAGACCAGUUCACAUGUGCAACUGGGGAGAUAGACUGUAUCCCUAUGGCAUGGCGAUGUGAUGGAUUCUCUGAAUGCGAUGAUCGGAGUGAUGAGGAUAGCUGUCCAAUAUGCUCAGCAGCCCAGUUUCAGUGUGAGAAAGGGCAGUGCAUUGAUGCUCGGUUAAGAUGUAAUGGAGAAAUAGACUGCCAGGAUAAAUCCGAUGAAGCAGACUGUGAUACCAUUUGUCUCCCAAAUCAGUUUCGAUGUGCCAGUGGACAGUGUAUCCUCAUAAAACAGCAAUGUGACUCAUUUCCCGAUUGCAUUGAUGGUUCUGAUGAAGUUGCAUGUGCAAAAAGUAAACUCUCCUCGGAGGAGUCUCAACCCCACAGUAGUGCCAUUGGGCCUGUCAUUGGUAUCAUUCUGUCUCUCUUUGUCAUGGGAGGAAUGUACUUUGUUUGCCAGCGUGUGGUAUGUCAGCGCUAUGCUGGGCCAAAUGGACCUUUUCCACAUGAAUAUGUCAGCGGUACACCUCAUGUCCCUUUAAAUUUUAUUGCUCCAGGAAGUUCUCAACAUGGCACUUUCACAGGUAUCUCAUGUGGAAAAUCUAUGAUUAGCUCCAUGAGCCUCAUGGGAGGGAGCAGCGGUGCCCCGCUUUAUGACAGAAAUCAUGUAACCGGGGCCUCCUCUAGUAGCUCAUCUAGCACUAAAGCCACUUUCUAUCCGCAGAUUCUGAACCCACCACCUUCACCAGCAACUGAUCGCUCGCUGUACAACACAGAAAUGUUCUACUCAUCAAACAUUCCUUCAACAACGAGAUCUUACAGGCCAUAUCUUAUUAGGGGCAUAGCUCCACCAACAACUCCAUGCAGCACUGAUGUAUGUGACAGUGACUAUACCACAAGCAGAUGGAAAACUAAUAAAUACUACAUAGAUCUAAAUUCAGACUCAGACCCAUAUCCCCCUCCUCCUACUCCCCGCAGCCAGUAUAUGUCAGCCGAAGAGAGCUGCCCACCAUCUCCUGCCACAGAGCGAAGUUACUUCCACCUCUAUCCCCCUCCACCAUCUCCUUGUACAGACUCUUCAUGAUUUCAGCUGAAGGAACUUUCUUUUUAUGUAAAUAUGUUUUAAAUAUGAACAAAGAUUUUUUUUAAGUAUAUAUAUUUUAUGAUCUAAAAUGGGGCGGGAACUUAACAAAUGUGAAUAAAAUGGGUGGGUCUGGACUGUGAAAAUUGUACAAUGGAAGAAUAUUUAUAAAUCUGUUUUUAACUUAAUAUCCACUCUUUUGUGCCAUAUUUGCUUUUGUAUCGAAGUCUCAAAAUUAAAUUGACCUCCAAAGGAGGUGGGGGGGGAUGGGACAUAUAAUACUUGGAGGGUUUUUUGGAGUCACCGUUUUGAUUUGGUAAAGGAAAAUGUGCUGGGUUUGCUAUUGUGGGUUUUUUUUAAGUAACUAAAAGUAUAGUAUGAAAUAAUGUUUGAAUGAAUGGCAAAGUUGUUUGAAACAUACGGGAAAUUUGAAAUAUUUUUAUUUGAUUUGAUCAUAGCUAAUUAAACCACAAAAAUGCACUUUUCUUUUGGAAUGUUUAAUGCAAAAAGUGGCUCCUCCUAUUUAUAUUCCACCACUCACAAUCCAGUGGAAUCUGUACAUAAAGAAAUGUGGGAUUUUGAAUCUUGCACUCAGUUUCUUCACCACAGACCACUUCUGCUGAGGUGAAAUAAGCAUGGAUACAUUUAUAUACAUUAUACGCAUUCUUGUCAGAAUUCUGAGAACCUCCAAGUAACAUUAGACAAGCAAAGGAUGUUUCUUCUUUGGAGUUUAUUAACAUUAUAAAUCUAUUUGGUGAUUGUCAGGAGAUAUGUGGCCAUAAAUCAAUAGAAGAAAUAGAAAAAUACCACUAUCGUCUUGCUUUUUUGGAAGAUCACAACCUUGUGUAAUCCAGAAAUGUCUAAUCUGUUGUCUGAGGCAGCCCUUGUUGUUGUUGCUUUUGGCCCACAAAAUCUUGGCACGAAAGUUCCAAGUUUUACAUUGUUGUUUGCAAAACUGUAAAUAAAUGCACCACUUUCAGUGUAAUCCUAUGUAGAGUUACUCGAGUCUAAGCACAUUGAAAUCAAUGAGCUUAGACUGGUGUAACUCUGCAUAGGAUUGCACUGUUAGUCAAUCAUUUUAUUUUUCUGUUCAUUUGAUUUUUUAAAACGUGGCCCUGAAUAAACAGGCUGCUGAUUUAUGUAUUUACAAAUCCAGGUGUUUCAAGAGCUGCCUUGGAAGCCUUCCUCCUUUUAACCCUUACAUAGGACAAAUGUCUCUUCUAAGAUAGUACCUGUUCUUUAAUUAAUUUUAAAACAAAAACAAAACAAAAUCCUCACUUUUUCUUCGGCACUAUUACUUUCAUAUUCAGUCUUAGAAGAUUUCACUAUUUAAUAGCCUUAGCAAAAAUGUUUCUACCGCUCCAGAUUGCAAUGAAAAUGUUCAUAGUGUUCUUGGAGUCGUCUGUCUAAAAUUAAAAGAUGACAAAUUUAAAAUCCCAUUUUAAAAACUCUAAAAGCUGAUGUAACUUUUAAUAGUUCAAGAAGACUGUUGGUACUAGACCAGCCAGUAGAGGUGAACUGAUUUUGGCUUAAACUAAUUUUGGAGCAGUCUGUAGAACAUGAGGCCUGUCAAACCUGUUCUGCUUAUAAUAGUUGUGCAACAUCCCAGCAGUAUUGGCUUGGCACUGUGCAUUGUGGUGAUACGUUGGCAGUAUAGCUGUUGGUAUCUUCCAUCCUAAGUUAUUCCAAGGUAGUGUGCUAAAUCUAAAGGUCAAGCUAUAAAUGAGUUUUUACUCUCCAGCCCUGAGCUGCUGUAGACCAGGGCUCCUUAACUACAACCCUGUUCCAAAGGUUUGUGUGUACUUUUGAUGCACAUGUGGAAUUCUUCUGUGGGGAGGAAGCUUUCCCAGUCACUCAAAACAUACAGAACUGAAAGUGAUUGGGGAAGCUUGGGCAUAUACACUGGCUGUCCCACAUACUGCAGUUAGAGCAUUGGCUCAGGACAGAUGGCUUCAAGUCACUAUUUGCACUUGAAGAUGCAUAUUUCAUGGGUGGCUGGUAGAAAAGACAAUGAAACUUUUUUGUAUUAACAACCUGUACUUUUGCUUUGAGUGUUCAGUUAGAGCUUUGUAAAGAGUAAUUGGAAUCCAAGUAGUCUAAGAGCUGUGAUGUGAACAAGUAAUAAAAGAUUACUGGAAAAGAAAAAAGAACCAACAAUAAUCUGUUUUCACAGCUGCAGAGCAGCACGUGAAAUAGGCCUUUGCCAGUCUUAAGAGCACUGACAAGGAUGAAAAAUGUUCCUUUUUGAACUCGUAGCUGGAAUUUUAGCAAAUAUUUUUGGCAGAGCAAGAUGUGAAACCCUUCCAAACCCUGGCAAAUAUUUCCUAUCUUAUUGACAGGGUGGAGUCUGACUUCUGAUGUUUUCUUACCACUUCAUUCUUGCAUCUCAGUCUGUUCUUCGUAGCCAUUUGGACUUAGGAUAUAGCAGAUGCUGUUUAGACCUGUGGGAUUUUUUAUGUUUCAGUAUCUUGAGAAAUUGGUGUUAUGGUCCUGUUUUUUACUUCCUAUACUAAGGUUUAGUAUAGUGGAAAGAAACUUACAAUAAUUGUUAAUGUCUGCUCUAUGCCUGUGAAUAUUGCAAAAGUAAUGUUAAUUUCCUCUUAAGUGUUAGGAUACAAAGGAUGUGGCUUUAGUGUUUUCUUCUAUCACAGACAGUCCUCACAUUAAAGCAUCUGCUUGGCUCAGGUCAAAGUCAUAAUGGAGUGUUAGCUUCUUAGGUGGUUUUCAGCACAUCUCCCAAUUUAAUGAUGUAAACUGAUGGUGUGAGAAGGCAGGAAUAUGUGGUUUUAUCAUAUAGUUUCAAGUGUAAUCUCAUUUUAAUUCAAAAAACACAUGCUGACAGAUUUUCAUCUACUUAUUUGACAUAAUUAUGCUUAAUUUUUUUGUAUGGUAUUUGUAAAGAGGUUGCUAUUUUGGCUCUUAAAGUUGCAGAUUUUUAUUACUGGUGUAUGUUGAUUUCUUGUGUACUUCACAAAGUCACACAAAGUAUUAACAGAUAGUGAUUUUCAUAAACUACAUUACUGGUAUUUUUACUUGCUUUCUCUGAACAAGUCCAUUUUGCAGUCAUUUAUCAGAAAUAUUUUACAUAUCUGGCAUUCUUGAGCUAAGGAAUAACCCCCAUUUUGAUUUCAAGAAUACUUUGAGUGCUUGCAGUAUCAUAGAUAGUAGAUGAGAUGAAUGCUAGGUACGCAAAUAUGUGGAAAUUGGGCAUUUUGAAGCCACUAGUAGCACUGCAUUCAAGUGUAAUGUCCUGGAAUCUGCCCCAUGAGACAAGAUGUUUGAGUAUAUGGAGCUGCUUUGGACUGAGUCGGACCAGUGGUCCAUCUAGCUGGUUUGUUUUGCCUGAAAACAGCUCUUCAAGGUAUCAGGUGGACUCUGAUUCCAAAACCUUUUUUUCCUUUUUUUAAGGUGGGGGUUCUGGGAACUGGCAUGAUGAAAGUUGAUGGAACUGCCUUAAGAAUGAGUGAAUAACUUAUUUAAAACAGCCGCCGUGCUAUUGCAUUUUCAAAAUGGCUAUCAUGCUACUAAUGGUAUUCUUUCAUUGGUCCUUGAAAUAUCUUUUGGCCAUGAAUUCAUAAGAAUUCACAUAUGAUAUGUGACAUAGUAGUUCUUCUUGUUUUGUUUUUAACCUACUGCUGAUCCAGGUCUAGUGUUUUGAGAGCAAAUGUUUCUUUGCCUUAUAAUCUUGAUUGUAGAUGCCAUAACUUGGGUUGGAUUUAACCAAUUUGAAUUUGAAAUUUUGUUUUUAUGGUAGGUAUAACUAUGAAUUAGAAUUAAUUUUUUUUCAACUUAGCAGUAAGGGCAACCUACAACUUAAAAAGGAGAUAUGGAUUAGCAACUAUUCAGUUAUGAUAAAGCUUGAAAUUAUUUUCUCUCCCACUUCCUAAAACAAUGGAGAUUUGAAAGUAACAUGCUGAAACACUCAAUGGCAGAGAUUGCAAUAUAAUUUGGUUUGUAGAAAACAAUGCGUAGAAGUCCACUGUUGAUGUUUGUUACUUUUUCCUGUGUUAACAAACAGCAUUGUAUGAAUUGUUUUAAUUGUAAGGCAUGAGCUUUGUAUAUUUAAAAUAUAAAAAUAGUAAAUUUGUUAGAGUCACACUUAAAAUCUAGAACACAUUAAAAUUUUGUAUUAGUCUAAUCCUGAAGGUAUAUGAGCUUGGAAGCCUAAUACACAGAAAUGCUCUUUUGGAGAGAGGGAAUGGUCCUAAGCUCAGUUUACCUAAAGCCUCAUGUUUGAAACAAAACUAUUUAAAAAUAAAGCACCUUUAGGCGAGGAGCCGUGUCCCCAGGAGUCCCCUGUGGUUAACUGUCUGUGUGCAUGUGCGUGUUUGUGCUUCGUGCAUACGUGCGGCUGCGUAUGUGGUAGAAAGAAGACUGUAAUUACAGUUUUAACGUACAAUAAUAUUUGUGGAAAUAGUUUGUAAAUAAUGUAAUUGAAGUAUUUGCAGUUAGAAACAGAGCAGUUGUUGAUUUAUUAAAUAGAAAAGCCUAUUGGCCUAGAACAAAAUGAAGCAAAAGAUAGGGUUCUGCAGUUGGAACCUGGAGACUCUUGUUUACCUUGUAGAUCUGCUACCCAGUCAAGAGACAAAGCAGCCAGCCAGUGCCCCUUUCACCUGUGUGUUCCCCUGCCUGCUUUGCAACAUGGAAAGGUAAAAGGGAGUGUCUGGGUUGCAACCUGGAAGCCUCAAGCAAAACGUCUUUAAAAUUAUGUAGUUUAGCUAUUAUACCUGAAAUUCAGAGGGCAUUUAAAACAGAAAUAAAACCCCAGGCUGCUUUCUGUAUCUUAUCUAAAUAAUGCAAUUGCUGCUAAUGUAAAGUACCUGAGUAUAUACAAAUAUUGUCAAGAAUUGUUAUAGUAGACUCACACACCAAUCUUUUUUAUAUUUAUAUUGUAAAAUGUAUUCUGCAAACAGCCUAAAUAUUUUAGCUUUAUACUUGUAUCCUUUUUGUAGACAUAAUUUGUCAUACACAGGAAAAAAGUGCCUUUGGUAUUUUUAAACAGCCUAAUAUAUUUACUUGGGCAGAUAAUAACACAGCCUUAAACAAGUAACUCUCCAUUGGCUAACUUUUCACCAAAUGUGUAGCAAAAAAAGUACUAAUGUGCUGAAUUCAUUUCAAGAAAGAAAUAUUCACAGAUGAUGUAAUUAAGCUUAUUUGAUGCCUUUAUUGCAGCAUAUCUAAGUAUUGACUUUAAAGCAUUAAUGUGAUGGAAGCAAUUAUUUCAAAAACAUUGUAUGGAAGAAAUUCUUUCAGAAAUGACACAAUUCCAGGGGGGCUUCCACUUAACCAAAAUAUUUAUUUCCUUUUGCUGGAAUCCUUGUGUUCUUACUAUUCUUGCAACACAGGCGAGUUGUUAAAAAUCACUUUUUAGAACACAGUAUACAAGGAGGACUAGUGAAAAUACCCUUUUUCUUAAUAAUUACCCACCCACAUACCACUAUAAAAGGGACAGGCCUUCACCAGUACCAAAACAGAGCAUAGUCUAGCCAAAGGCAUGCAUUUUAAGUCCCAUUGAUUUCACUAUAAGCUAAAUAAACAUGUCCUUGCUCUCACUUAACUCCACUCGCUAUAAAAGUCCUAACCUUCGACUGGAUCAUACUUCUAAAAUAUGAAUCCUACAGUGAAACCACAAUGAUGCAAUCUAAUGGUUUCAUAUCACCAGUGCUAGAGUUCUGUUUGAAAUUGGCUUCAUGUAUAAUAUCUGUAAAGUUAACUCUCUGUAUUUGUACUAUAGAUUUUGUUAAUUUUGUUUUGUAAUUAAAACUUUGGAAAAAAUUG